CGGCUGAGAUGACCAGCUGCGAAACCUGGUAUAAAGCCACCACGUCUGUCUAGUGACAUGGCGGAAUAUCACUUUUAAGCUAAUAUUUUUUCAUCUCAAAGACAUUAAUUGACGCUUGCCCAAACGUCUUCUGUGCCAGCUGUCUUCCUCGGUGCUUACUGCGUCCGGCCUGAAGUGCAUAUCUUUUAAUAUUAUCUCGGGCAGAUCAUAAACACCAGUUUGCCCUGUCCCUGGAUUUCUUCUCCAAACACAGACCCGCCACCUUUUCUGUUUUUCUGUCGAAAAGAAAAACACAAACACCCACAAAAUGCCUGAAAGUGCCACGACCUGGAGCACCGAUUUCGAUCCUGUUCUCAACCAGGUGUUUUACAUCAAUAACCAGGAUGGUUCUGUCUCGUUCGAUCUGCCAUGCGAGGUGGUCAUCACUCCCAAGCGCCAUUCUGGCAAAGGCUUCUUUUCCAAACUCUCGUCCAAAUUGUCGCUCAUCAGACCCAAGUCUCCGACCCAAAGGUCGUAUCCAUGUCCUUUCAGUGACGUGAAUUCGAAACCGUUGGGCGGGUCGCCCAGAUCCAGCGGCUCGAGUUUCGGGAGUCUCGUGGCCCGUGCAGUUGCCAGCUCCCCGGCAGCACGUCGAUUAUCGCUGGAAAUGGACUCUUAUUCCUUGGCGCCGGCACCCGCGUAUUCUUCGGACAUUGGCACGGUGCCCAGAAACGCAUAUAUGAUGGAGAGGGCAUUCGACCUCAGCCAGCACGACGAUGUGUUUUCGGUGAUAUCUGAUGAGUCCAUCCAUUCCUUCCACCACGAGCUCCCCAGAUCGGAAAUAUAUUAUGACACCGAGAACUCGGUGUAUGUCGACGAGCUCUCAUUGUCACCGGUCGACAUGGAGCGGGAACGAUAUGAGGUUCGCCAGCAAAUAUUGAGGGAGCUUUAUUAAAGCCCACGGCUCGGGAACUCUGCCACUGGCCACGCCCAUCACCGGUUGAUGGUUCAAUUCUCUGUGCAUAUUUCCAUUCCGGCAGUUAUUUAUUAGAUAGACAACAACCGCC